GGACCGCGCACUGAAGCCCGAGGGGGGCGUGCACCGCUUGUCCCAGCCAUUUUUAUUUUAUUUUGCACACUCAGCUCCAACGCAAUACUUUUGUCAGUGCUAUACCGGGGCACUAAGAUCACGGGAGAUCCUUUUUCCAUAUCCCAGGAUGGAGUACCCCGUGGAUGUAUUGACCAGUGUGGAUCCUGAAUCCCUGGAGCACUCGGCGAAAGACUACAUGUCUAAACUUCUCCACAGAAAUCCAGAAAAACCUGAGUACCUCAGUAUACCUGGAUCAAAGAAAAUAGAGAUUGGCCUCUGUAAUGUGGGUUUUGUCCCCCUCCAUGGAGCUAACAUUAUAUACAAGGUCCUUGCACUAUUUUUACCUGAAGAAAAUUCAAAAGCUGUGGGACUCUAUUUACUGAAUCAUUGGUGGUCUGCUGAAGAUAUUCUUAAAACAGCAGACCCCACACGAACAGGACUCCUCAAGGUAAAAACGACUGGAGAGAGGAUAGUCCUGUAUGUGCUUAACAGGAUUAUACACAGAACAAAAGAGAGGGCUGAUUGCGAUGUGAAAUUUCUUUGUCAUGAGAAAGACGAAUUUGCUAAAAUCCUCUGGAAAAAUGGCGAGGCGGUGGGCUUUUACUCCGUCAAACCUGAAGGCACAAUAUGCAGUCACUAUCUGACCAAGUGUUAUGACCUUCCUAUCAUGGACACCAUAUUCGUCCGGAAAUGUCACAGAAGCAAUGGCUAUGGUCUCCAAAUGCUGGAGGAUUUUGUUUGGAGCUUCAAAAACGAUUGCAUAGGUUUGCAGCGUCCACUGUCACCAGCCAUGUACAAAGUUUGUGAAAAAUAUCUGAACCUUCAUCCACAAGACACAAAGUUGCUGUGGGAAACAAAUGGUACAGGAUGCAGUUUUCAGAGAAGUCAAAUAGCAAGAAAACUGCAAGCAAUGGACCUAAAUAAGAGUCAUGAGUUUAUUGGGGAUGAAGAAGAUGAUAAUUUCCAGAUGGAAGUUGGUAUUACUCAAGUAGAGGGGACUAUGCAUUACACAGAGGAUGUGGAGGAGGUUGUCCAGGUUAAAAAAAGAAAAGUGGUGCAUGACACAGCUGUUACUACCUACUGCAGAAGCUGCAUUCUAAAGCAUAAAAAACCUGGAACAGACACAGAAGUGACAAUUGAGAAAACCAACAGGGUUGAAGACAUUGAGCCUGAUGUUCAUUGUGCGGAAGAUGACUUGGUGCAUGAGGAUGGCGAACGUUUCUUAAGAAAGGACACAGUGGAGACAGUAUUACAUGAUGUGACCACCAUAUCAGAGAUUUCUCGUCUUCACUGUGAAGAACAAAACAUAUUGCCCUGUGAGCCUUCCUCUCAUUCAGAAACUAAAACAGAGCAGAUGAUCAAAAUACCUCCUUUUAUGGAAAUCCGAAACAAUAAGGAUGCACAAAUGGUAGAAACAGUUCAGUCACAACAAGAUCAAACACCACCAGCAGAAUAUUCAAACAAGAAUGACACAGAAGAAGCAGGAAAAAUAUCAGUGGUUGAAAAUAUUGUUGAUGAGACAGUAGAAAUAGAAGUGGAAAAAAGGGAAGCUGGAGCACUAGUAGUGUCUUUGGUAGAAAAAGCGAAGAACACAGUUGAAGAGUCUGGCAUAGUUCAGGAAUGUUCGUGGAAAAAAAUUCAGGAAACUGAAGACCUAGAACCAAGUCCUGAUAACAAAGAGGAGAAAGUUAGUACUUUGAUGCAACAAGAGGAAAACAAAACCACGGCAUACCGCUUAGGCUCAAAAGGAAAACAUGACAAGCGAAGAUCAAACUACGAAACUUCAUUAAGGAGCUCUAGAAGACUCGAUGAUCAGGCUGCAAAAAGUGAACUGGUAGAAAGCAUUUCCAGAAGUACAUCUAAAAAAGCACUUGCAGCCACUUCUAAACAUGUGUACACAAGAAAAACCCAAUCUAUAAAACAACCAGAGGAAAGCAAACAAGUACAAGGUAAGCCCAAAUAUCAAGGAUUAAAACAGACAGAAUCUCCUGAAAAAGAGCGGGUCAUGGAAAAAGCUGAAAAUGAGAAUGUGGAAGGGAAAAUUGAGACAAUAAACAUCACCACUGAAGUUUACAGUGAAAAUUCGAUUGUGACUCUUAGAAAAAAAGAAAUGAAUAAUGAAAAUAGCAGUUUAGAUCAACAACCAACUGAUGAUCAAGACCUCAUGGAAGUGGAGAAGGACAGGGCAGAUAAAAAUAAGAUGGAUGAGAAGUUAAGGAAUAAAGAACAAGAAAAAGAGACAGCAUCAGCAGAGGAAGUUACCAAGACAUCCAUGGAUGGUGAGGAAAUAGGACUCGUUGAUGUUAAUUUUGAAAUAUCCAAAUUAAUAAUUGAUGUAAAAGCACACGAACCAUCUGCUUCAGAACACAUUGAAGAGCAGGGAGAGGAACCAGCAGUAGAAACUGUGCCAGUAACGGAUGGCCACAGCAAAGUAGCAGCUUUGAAAUGUCACAAAUCUGUUGAGCUUCUUGUGGCAGACAAUGAAAAUGCGCUGGUGGCUGAGGACAAAACUGAAAAUCUAAAUAUUGAUGAAUCAGAUGUAAGACAUGACAAGAUUAUGGAAAAUAUUAUAUCAAAAUAUGAUGACAUAGUUUUAGAGCCAAAUCUAACAGAUGCAAGCAAGAUGGCAGAAUCUCAAGAAGUCGAACCUUUGAAAGAAUCCGAGAUUGUAGAAGCAGCUGAGGAGCAAGUUCUAACAUUCGUUACAGAUGAAACCAAGAUAGAGACAUUUCAAAAAGAGAAGGCUCUGAAAGAGACUCUGUUAAACUCUGUUCAAGACACACAUAAUGAGGAAAAAAGAAAACAUAUAACUGAGUCAGGUGAAGAUGAUGAAAGGGUGAAAUUAGAUGUUCAGUCUGAACUGUCCGAAGCAGCAGAGGAUAAAACAAGCUUUGAAACUCCAUUUAAGAAUCCGAGAAGACUCAAGCAUCAAGGGGAAAAAAGCGAAGUGACCACAAGAGUUCUCAGGAGUGCUACAAAAGCAGCUAAAGACACUUCUAAAACAAAAGCUGAAAAGCAACAAGUGAAAACAAAACAAACAGUUGAUGAUUUGGAAGUUGAGCAGAUGAUGGACGUUCUGGUGUCACACACUGAAACUGCUUUGGAGCAGUCAAUAAGCUUCAAUGCUGAAAUGGAACAUGUGAAAGCUAUUGAAAUGGAGGUUGGACCAAAAACACCAGAACAGUCUGCUGCAGAAAAUGUUGAAGAGCAGGAGGAGGAAAUGGCCUUAGAAAAGGGGCCAUCGGAAGACACAGAAGAAGCCAUAUUAACAUGUGCCACUGAUGUGCAUUUGGAUUUUGACGAUGGUUUGACAACCACAGUUGCUGGUGAAGAUGCUACGGAAAUCUCACAGCCUCAGGUGGAACCCCAUAGACCUGAAUGCAUUGAUACAGAAUCUCUGGCUAAACAUACUGAAAAAGAAACAGAUAAAAGGGUGAAAAGUAAGAAAAGUGUUGCACUGAAUGAUGAAGUCAAAGUUCCAGAGUCAACUAUUACUGAUGAAGCAGUUCGAAAAGAGGCAGACACUGCUCAAGAAACACCAACCAAGGAACCACAAUGUCAACAUGUCAAUGAGGAUGAGGAUGAGGCAAGCUCAGUAAGCCCGUUAAGAUUCUCUAAAAGGCUGCAGGGUCAAGCUGCAGAAAGUGAAAUAAAAAUGAGAAUUCUCGAGAAUUCAUCAAGUCUCACAGGCAAAGGUACUCCACAACGUAGACACAAAAAACAAAUGAAAACCCUGAUGCUACAAGAGGAACCUGAACGAUUAGAUGAGGCUAAAAAUAAUGAAAUGAACAUUAUAUCAGGGAUUAAGGCAGUAGAAGAGCACAUGGAGUCAGUUACUGUAAAUUUAUUUGAACUUUCUGAAACUGUGAAAGAAGUUGAGAACAGAGUACAAAAAGACAAAACAUCUACAGAAUUGGUGCAUGGAGAGCAUAGUGAGGAUGUAAUGGAAACCACUUCACUUUUAACAUUCCAAGAAGCUUCCGUUGUGCUUGUGGAUGUCAAAAAGGUUCUCCCUAAUUUAACAGGUGACUGUAGUCCUGCUCAGGAGGAAAUAGGUAACAAGCUUAAAAUGAGUGAACAAGCAGCAGAUAUGCCUGAAAAGGUGAGGGAAGAAUUACGAGCUAAAGUUGUAGAGGAAGAGAUCAUAGAGAAGGAGUUUGUAAAUCCCAUUAUAGAGGAACCUGCAGAUAUACCGUCCACUCUGCAAGAUCUGCAAGAUUUUCAUAACACUCAAGUGGUAAAAGAUCUUAUUUAUGUUGAAGAAUAUGAAGAAGAACUGGCUACAAAUUUGGCACCAGAAAGACAAACAGGUAGAAAUGAGAGUGGCAAUGAAACAACACAAUCACAGGAAGUAGUACUGCUUACCAAAACUCAUUAUGCAGAUGAUGAGAAUGCAUUGGUUCAGAUGGAUGUAACAGAAUCUGUGACAGAAAAAAUAGACAAAGAAAAUGAGGAAGCAGUAGAACUGGGUAUGAAUAACACACUUAUUACAUCUAACAAACAAGAAAGGGAUAAUUGUUCAAAAGAAGGUAUGAAAGAUGUUUUGGAAGAAAAAACUACUUUGGCAGAAUUGGAUACAAGUAAAACUCUGUCAGACUGUAAAGCGAGUACAACACCUGCCCAAGGUCACAGUGUUGAGGGAUGCACUAAAGAUAUUUUAGUUAGCACAAGCAGAAAUCCCAGACGUAGGACUCUACCAGCAAAGCUUACACCGGAAAGAAAGACUAGACCUUUACACAAAGAAACAAGGGUAAAUAAAAAUACAGAAGAGGAGAUUUCAGAUGAAGAUUUUGAAACUGUAUUCACGAGAAAUCUCAGACGAAGAACAAUAACAGUAACAGCAUCACAGAGAAGAAGAUCUAAACAUAUCACAGGCUUACGAGUAGCAGAGUCGGAGAUGGGUGGACAUGAAAUAGUAACAGUGCAAGGCACUGAAGUUGCCAGGCCCACUUCAGAAGAGACACAAGAGACCUAUUUAAAAUAUAUAGAAGUACCUGUUAUUUCUAAAACAGCAAGGAAAGACCAGCCGCAAGAAAAAACUUUACUUAAAAAGUAUGCAGACAAGGUAGAUAAGGUGACUGAUGUACGAAAAGCUAUGAAUAAAGCAGCUGUUGAUCAUGCAGAAGUAGAAACAACAGAAAGAGGAGUUCUAUUGGUUGAUGCACCAGAUAAGAAUCGGGAGAAAGCACCUGAUAAACCAAAUCAAGAACAAGUAAAAAGUACAAACUCUGAACUGGAAAGAGAGCAACAUGAUGAAGCUCUGCAGGAAAUGUUGCUUGAGAAAACAUUUGAAAAGGGACUUGGUAAAGGAGUGGAAGAAAAACACUUUGAAGAAAAAAAAGGUAGUAGUAUAAACUUGCAGAUUACAGAAGCAGUUCCUGAUCAGUUAGAAGAAGGUAUAGGUUAUGAAAGAAGGAUGAUAAAAAAACGAACAAUAACUACCAAAGCUCUCUCUGUAAGGAAAUACAAACGACUCUGUGAACAAGAUCAAGGUGGAAAUGAUGGGCAGACAAUUGUGUGGGCAAACACUGGAGAUUCUGCACCUGUAGAGACAAUGGUAAUGGAGAUGGCUAGUGUGAAGUCACCUGCAGAAAACCAAGCAACGAAUCAUGGUCAAGAAAAAGAAGAUAUUAAUAUUAUGGGUGGAGAAGAUUCUAAACUAGUUGCGCAAGAAGAAGAUCAUGGUGAAGAUCAUGGUGAGGCAAACAGAGAACAACAGUCCUUAACAGAACAGACAGCAUGUGAAAACAAUGCAAGCAAAGCUGCUAAAGUAGCUUAUGAACAUAAAAGGAUUGUGGCUACCCAAGAAGUACCAGAGCUAUAUGAGAAGAUUGCUGAGAAAAUGACAGAAGCCAGUGUAAUAGCAGAUGAAAAUUUCACCUUGGCGCUGGAUGAAGAGCUUAACCCUAAUGAUGCAGAGUGUAGCCAAGUGGUUGAAGAGACCAGAGCUUCAUUUCAGGAAAGUGAAAAAGAAAUCACAGAUGCAGAACAAGACUCUGGAGUGAUGACACAACACAACCUUCAAGGCAGGGAAUCAGCAAAAGCUUCAGCUAAACAAAAAACAACUAGGAAAAGGAGAAAAUUGCUGCAAGAUAGUCCAAGUGAAAUGGAAAAUAAGUCUGAGGCAGAAGAGGUAGAAGAGGUACUUGGGGAAGAGGUAAAGACACCUCAGCAAAAAAGAAAAUCCGAAGUUAAGCUAACACCUCGGAGAUCCGAACGGCUUUUUAGAACAAAAAUAAUGUAAUAAAAAAAUGAAUAACAGCAGUUGGUUAGUGGACCAUACAUUUUUAAGUAUAAUUUUGAUACACAAAAUAUAGUGUAUAGUAUAUAGUGUAUACCAUUAUUUAGCUUUCUAUUUUGUCACUUUUAACUAUUCAAUUUUGCAUAUUGUUAGUGAUACUUUAAUAACUGUUUCUCACAGACAGUGGGCUUUCAAAGUCUAAAUUUAUACUUUAAUAUAAAUUUCUGAAGAAUAUCUAUAUACAAAUAUUUUACUAUAUUUUUUUUUAUUAAUGGGAAAUCAUGAAUGGUGGGUCUGUAGAUUUGUGCUUGAACAAUAUUCAGUGAUAUAUUUCUCUUUCCUGUAUUGUCUACACAUUUUUUUUAAAACAUUUCUUGCAUGUUCAAUACUUUGGGGACUUCAAUGGUGAAAUAUUCAGCUCUUUUGUAGUUAUAGUAUAAAUAUAACCAGAUCUGUAUUCAAAAUAUUAUCUGGGUCUUGAUUCUUUAAAACACAAUCAUUAUAAAUGUCCCCUAUUCAGUCCUGACUGUAAAAAAUACUGCAGGUACAUAGUGUAGACAUAGACUUUCCACUUGCAUUUCUAGCAUCUUUGAGCAUGCAUUGCAUUGUUACUAGAACAAUUUUACUAUUGUAAAACAAAGUUUUAUUAUCUGUUCUUUAUAAACCAUUAGCGGAAAUAUAUGUUACUUAUUUGACACCUAUAUACAUUGCAUCUCUUUUCCUGCACCACUAAACAGUUCCAUUAUUGUUUUUUUUGCUUUAUAUGUGCAUUUUAAUAUACUUUUAUUUUUCUUGUUUUAAUAAAGAAUUUUCAAUGGUAAA